AUGCAUAGAAGUCCGUGGUUGCUAGGUUUCCAGGAGUUCGUGCUUUGGUUCGAUCCUGCGGCUUCGGUGGUCUGCUGCCUGAUUUUGUGCAUGUGUAUUCUGCUAGUAGCUUUCGAAAACGUGUUCAUUCUGCUGUUGGCCGUCCCGAAGGCGGUGGAUCUGAGCGACAUAGAAAGCAGGCUUCAAAAAGCGUUUCCCAACGCUGCGAUCCAUCGACUGCACAUCUGGUCAGAGGGCAGGUCGUUUCUCAACCUCAGCGUUCAUUUCCGCCUGAAAAGUGCCGACCUCUACGAGGAGCAUGCCGAAGCACUUCGACAGUUUUUUCAGAGUUACGGCAUUCACCACAUCGUGCUACAGCCGGAAUUUGAGGAUCAGGUCGACGGCAAGCGAACCGGUUGUCUGUUUGAAAUGAACGACACAUUUUGUAACGAAUCCGACAAGCUGUGA